CAUUGGUCAGUGAGCAAUUGUUUCAGUCCCUUAAGAGUUAUGGGCCGAAGGAGCCUUAUUCUGACGUGGUGGUGCUCCUCUCUGCUGUCGCCUCUGCGUGUAACUUAUUUGUUGCUUUGGUUCCUUAUGAACUAGUUGGGGUUUGUUGUCCAGGUUACCAACACAUUCGCAUGUAUGACUUGAAUUCCAAUAACCCCAAUCCCGUGAUCAACUAUGAUGGGGUCAGCAAGAACAUCACCUCUGUUGGGUUCCAUGAAGACGGCCGGUGGAUGUACACAGGGGGCGAAGACUGCAUGGCUCGCAUCUGGGACCUCCGGUCACGCAAUCUUCAGUGCCAGCGCAUUUUCCAGGUGAACGCGCCCAUCAGCUGUGUUUGCUUGCAUCCCAAUCAGGCUGAGCUUAUUGUCGGAGAUCAGAGUGGGGCUAUUCACAUCUGGGACCUGAAAACAGAUCACAACGAACAGCUCAUCCCAGAGCCGGAAGUCUCGGUCAACGCAGUGCAUAUUGAUCCGGAUGCCAGCUACAUGGCUGCAGUCAACAGUUCGGGCAACUGUUACGUGUGGAAUCUCACAGGUGGCAUUGGAGAUGAGGUGACCCAGCUCAUCCCCAAGACCAAGAUCCCCGCACACAACCGUUAUGCACUCCAGUGCAAAUUCAGCCCAGACUCCACGCUUUUGGCCACUUGCUCUGCUGACCAGACGUGCAAAAUAUGGAGGACCUCCAACUUCUCGCUGAUGACGGAGCUGAGCAUCAAGAGCAACAACCCUGGGGAGACUUCCCGCGGCUGGAUGUGGGACUGUGCCUUUUCAGGGGAUUCCCAGUAUAUUGUCACAGCCUCUUCGGACAACCUGGCCAGGCUCUGGUGUGUGGAGACGGGGGAGAUCAAGAGAGAAUACAGCGGGCAUCAGAAAGCGGUCGUCUGCCUGGCUUUCAACGACAGCGUCUUGGGCUAAGGAGCAAGCUGGGGCGGCGCCUCUUUGCCAGCUGGGUCUGCCUUCUGGGCAGAAAAGAAUGUUCCUGCUGGGCUCCGUCGGCUAUUGCCUCUUUCCGCGGAGGGUGCAGAGUCCAGUCCAAGCAGGCCGAGCUGCACUAACCAUCUCUGCCCUUCUGCUUAAUCAGCAGGUGGUGUAAGGCUGCGGCUGGCAGAGCAAGCUUUGAAACAGGGAACCCGUGCCCUUUCUCUGGGCAGGGAUGGGUAUCCUUGUCUGGGCUGCCUGUAGGAAGAGCCACCUGUCCCCUGGUUCUGGUGUGAGCUGGGUGUCUUUCCUGAGGCCCCCUUUUCCAGGUCCUGCUUCAGAUCCUGCCCCCUGCCCUCCCACCCCCAGCCCAGAGGAGGCUUCAUUUGGGAGGCUGGCACCAAUUAUUCCGCUAAAUUGGCCCAAGAAAGAGCCCCAGCUGGCAGAGGGAGAAAGGCUGCUUCUGAACAGGGUGCCCUUCCCCUUCCAGGAGGGACUGGCCCACUCUGGCUCUCCCUUUCCCAGGCAGCCCCUCCAGGCCAACAGGCUUAGAAAAAAGAACAGAUGAGGCUGGGAAACGGAUCCUCUUGGGCCAAACCUGCAGGGAUACCUCAUAAGCAGAAUGCAGAAUUUUCCCUGUGACCCUACGGGUGAAACCUUUAGUGCUCACAUCACAAACCAGAGGGUCCUAUACACACUGUUUUUUUAAAAAGGAUUUCUUUCACGUAAUGCUUGUAUGGAUCUUACCUUCAUCGUGAAGCUACUUCUACCAGAGACAAUUAUUUACAUGUUACAGUUGAAAGUGACAAACUUUGUAAAUAUAUAUAUAUAAUGGUGAGCACAAGAUGA